AUGCUUGCUGCCGGGAGUCGUGUUAUAUUUUACAAAUAUAGAAUAGUUACUAUAUUCUCGACACUCCUCUCGUCUCCAAUUCGCUUGAAGGGAAGUUCGAAAGCUCAACAUACCCCCUCACCUGCGAUUAUGACAUCAUGGUAUUUUAUUCAUCAACCCCUCGGCUCAGUAAACACGGCGUUUUUCUUUAAGGCGUGGCGUCUACGCUUUGAAUGGCUUGAAGUAAGGCAGACUUACCAGGGCCCGGUCUGGCCUGGCCUGGCCUGGCGUGGUGGUGGUGGGGUGAAGUUGAUUGAAGCUUUGGCAUCGUCUGAGACCAACCCGGUAACAGGAAUCGGCGCCCGAGCACCGACUUUAAAGGAGGUCAAAGCAAAGCCGGAGCUUGAAGUUGAAGCACAACGGAUUCUCUUGAAUAUAGGGUUCCGGGACUUUUCCCUGUUUUCGACAGGCUCUCUGGAUGCGGCUUGCAGGAAAAGAAACACGCAUAAAUACCCAGCUCUCAAUGCCUUUUCCUCUAUGUGGGAUGACUGA